CUUUCCAUCGAUGCUGGCAUCACAUCCAUGACUGGUUACUGCGAUAUCGACUCCAUGCUCACAGCCGCCUACCACAACACAAGUGCUUCACAACCUAAGCGCUUCAGUGCUUUCUCUCAAUCACCUCCUCGCUCUUCCUCAUCAAAUCAACAAUCCCAUCUUCAACAACAAGACAGCUCAGUCGAGGCCCCCACAUCACCAGCGCUCGGUCGCCCCAAGGGUAGCAGAGUAGACCACCAGAAAGUUGAGCAAAGGUACCGGGCUAACCUUUCCGAUAACUUUGAACGUCUGCGCGCCUCGGUGCCCGAGAUCGCUACUCUGCAACCUGCAAGAAGCGGACAACCCCCGAAGCCUUCAAAGGCCGAAGUGCUCGCAGCUGCCGCUGAGUAUAUCAGACAGCUUGAGGAGGAGAAUGACAUGCUCCGAGAAAGCAUGAUG